ACGACUUUACCAUGUCCAUCACCACAGCUUCUUGCGUGGCGAAGGGUUUAGAUUGCGGCGAACUAAAAACUUUUUUCGAGCCCGACGCAGAUGUUGCUGGACUCGGGGUAAUCAUCGCCUUUGCGGCUGUCACGUUCUCAGCGUGUGUUCUCUCAGCAUUGUACUGGCUGCUGCAAGUAUAUUUCGAGAUCGUUCCUCGGAGCAGUGAUCGCCCAGGGCGACGCCAAAGACGCGAUGCCUACCAAGCCGCCUUCGCAGAGCGACUCAGCUGGUUCGAAAUUAUAGAGAAUGUAAUAAUUUCCUUUAGCGAUCAACAGCUUUUCGUCGGAGUCGCUUGGGGCAUUGCUCUGCAGUUCCUUGGAGGCUGCGAGACGACGGCCUAUCAUUACAACAUCAUCACACACAUGCUGAUCAUGACUUGUGCGACACAUCUGGUGGCUAUUGCGGUUGUUCGAAAAUACUGGAAGUCACCGGCGGCGGCAGUACCUCGUGUCUUGGUCAGCUUGGCUGUCUAUGUUCUGACCGGCAUGUGCUUCAUCAACCAACAGGCUGCAUUCCCGAGCAGUUUCGACCGCAACGAUCCCCCCGACAAUCGAUUCAUUCAAUAUGCAGUGUGCUACCAAACAGGGAAUACCACCGUGGAAAACCUCAUCACGAACAGUGCGGCCAACCCCAAUGCUGUCAUCUUCGAGUCCGUUUCCGGAUCCACUGUCAUUGCCAACUGGAAUCUUUACGUUAUACUACUGGUCUGCUACGCAAUCGCGCUGCUACGCCUCGUCGUUUUUGGUCUUGCCUCUUGUAUUCGCAGCCGACCCAACCCGCCACGACGUUCGCCGCAGACUUCACUCAAGAUCCUCCGAUCCUUCGACGCUUUCCUUCAGCUAUUUAUGCUCGCAGUGGGUUUCGUCGUCUCGGCUUUUGCCUACCGAUACAUCGUCGAUCUACGCGAAUACCUCAGCAAAUUUGAUCGCGAAAGCGAUACUGAGCCCAAUGACGAAGCUGGCUUUGACGGAUAUGGGCAGCUCAUCCCGCUCAUGUUGAUGUUGUUAACCACUUUCCAAAUCAUCGGUGACCUCAGCGUCAAAUUCUAUGAGUGGAAAUCCCGACCCGAAGAAAAGGUUCAGGCAGUAAAGACGGAAUUGGGCGGGCAUCAUUCGGGGCGGUGAGACAGGUCGGGGCCACGCGGAGAUCGCAUGGAUACUGCUUGAAACUGGCAUCGAUGCGAUUGCACAGGGUAUGUCCCGGUACUCUCAUACUGUGGUUGCUGCCAAAGGCUAUGCGAAGACAGGGGGAUCCUGCCUGACCAGCGGUCUCAUGGAGGAGUACUGUCGAGGUGCCGCUCUGUGCGCAGCAGCAGCUUGUGGUUACUUACAUGUAGUGGAAAUGCUGUACGCAUGGGGCGCAAGAGACCCUCGAGGAAGGGCUAGAAGUGUUGUCAGUGACGAGCAUCAGCAUCAGAUCGUGAAAUUUCUGGAUGCCAUGUGCAGAGUGCAGACUCAGAAGCGCGUCCGCUCGACUUUCAGUCUGCCAGUGAGGAAGAGGUUGAAGGUGGCGAUUUAGGACGAAGAA